CAUUUUCAGCGCAACUCAGCCUUGUCACGGCCUGGACCAACCUUGCAUUGCCUUGCUAGCGACGUCCAAGUACUUGUUGCUUCUGAGCCUCUGCUCAGCCUUUGUGGACUUUAGUUUCUACUCUGGAUGAUAUCCAGUAUCUGCCCCAACCUCUCCAGGGCAUCUUCUACUUCUAUUCGAUUUUGUGAUCCUUCUGCAUCGAACUUUUCCCCCAGUUUCGGCUUCACAACCCUCCUACGCGCCCGUCGUCUCAGGACCUCCAGCCAACCCUUCAUAUCCAUACACAAUCCGCCCAGUCACCACAAACUAUCACCGGGGCGUACCGCUGCAUGCUUCCGAUCUGCAACAUUCCUAGUGCAUAGCCGCCUUCAAAAUCCUCUGGCAACCUCACCACAUUCACGCUUUUUCUCUGCCUCUCCUGCUUCCACUAUGUCUGCCAAUGGCGAACUUCGACUCAAGAGAAGGACAAGCCCGACCUCAGCCCUGGAGAGGCCCAAGAAACAGCUGAAGCCAGAGAAUGGAGUUCCUACCCCCGGUGACGCCACUCCCCAAAACGGCUCCGUAUACGAUAUCGAGGCCAACUCGAACUCGGUCCCCAUCAUCAACCCCGUUCCUGCCGCGGGUGACUCUCCGGAAUGGCAGGCUACUAUAGAACGAGUGAUCAAGAGUGUGGUGUCCAUUCACUUCUGCCAAACAUGCUCUUUUGAUACCGACCUGUCCCUCUCUUCCCAAGCGACCGGGUUCGUGGUUGACGCUGAAAAUGGCUACAUCAUGACCAAUCGCCACGUCGUCUGCGCCGGUCCGUUCUGGGGUUAUUGCGUGUUUGACAACCAUGAAGAAUGCGACGUGAAACCUGUCUAUCGCGACCCUGUCCACGAUUUCGGUAUCCUACAAUUCGACCCUAAAGCUAUCAAAUAUAUGAACGUCCAGGCACUCAAACUUCAGCCGGAGUCUGCAAAAGUGGGUGUGGAGAUCAGAGUGGUUGGCAAUGACGCUGGUGAGAAGCUCAGCAUUCUCUCGGGUGUGAUCAGUCGACUCGAUCGCAAUGCCCCCGAGUACGGCGAAGGCUAUAGUGAUUUCAACACAAACUAUAUCCAAGCUGCUGCUGCGGCCACAGGGGGGAGCUCCGGCAGUCCGGUGGUUAAUCUAAGUGGACAUGCGGUUGCCCUACAAGCAGGUGGACGUAUCGAUGGCGCCGCCACUGAUUACUUCCUCCCGCUUGACCGUCCCUUGCGUGCGCUGCAGUGUCUUCAACGAGGAGAGCCAAUAACCCGAGGAACAAUACAGACGCAGUGGAUGCUGAAACCCUUUGACGACUGUCGGCGGUUGGGUUUGACGCCCAAUUGGGAAUCUGCAGUCCGAAAAGUCCAUCCGAAGGAGAACAGCAUGCUUGUCGCCGAGAUUGUACUACCUGAAGGACCUGCAGACAACAAGAUCCAGGAAGGGGAUGUUCUGAUCAAGGUCAAUGGGGAGUUGUUGACAUCUUUUGUCAAACUUGAUGCCAUUCUCGACUCCAGUGUGGGUGGGAAGGUGGACCUCUUGUUCCAGCGUGGUGGAGAGGACCACGAAGUGACACUGGCGGUCGGAGAUCUUCAUGCCAUCACCCCAGACCGAUUUGUCACUGUGGCUGGCGGCAGCUUUCACAACCUGUCCUAUCAGCAGGCUCGAUUAUACGCCAUUGCCUGCAAAGGAUUAUAUGUGUGUGAAGCUGCUGGGUCAUUCAAGUUGGAUAGUGCUCUUUCGGGGUGGAUAAUUGACACAGUGGACCAGAAACCUACCCCCGACCUCGACACCUUCAUCGAGGUCAUGAAAACCAUUCCUGACCGGUCUCGGAUCGUCAUUUCGUACCGACAUAUUCGGGAUCUUCAUACGCGGGCCACCACGAUAGUACAUAUCGAUCGGCAUUGGCACCCAAAGAUGCGGUUGUCGGCGCGAAAUGACCAAACAGGUCUGUGGGAUUUCAAGGACCUGGGGAAGGCCCUGCCCGCUGUACCACAAGUGCCAAAGUCGGCAGAUUUCAUCCAGCUGGACGGUGUCAAUCUGCCUGCCGCUGCCGAAAUCAUCCGUUCGUUUCUCAAGAUCACCUGUUACAUGCCCGUCAAGAUUGAUGGAUACCCUCAAGCACGAAGGACGGGGUUUGGGUUGGUGAUCGACGCCGAGAAAGGUCUGGUGGUGGUGUCCCGAGCCACAGUUCCAUACGACCUGUGUGACAUUACUGUGACGGUUGCCGAUUCGAUACAAAUCGAGGGGAAAGUUGUCUUCCUCCAUCCGUUGACUAACUAUACCGUGAUCCAAUAUGACCCCUCGUUGGUGCAUGCGCCUGUGCAAACCGCGAAGCUAUCUACCGAGAUGAUUAAGCAAGGCGCCGACACGAUCUUUGUGGGUUUCAACCAGAACCAUAGGGCUGUCGUCGCAAAGACCACGGUCACGGAUAUUACGGCGGUUGGAAUCCCUGCCAAUGCGGCAGCUCCCAGAUAUCGUGCGGUAAAUCUCGACGCCAUCACCAUCGAUACGGGUUUAUCGUCUCAGUGUGCCUCCGGCGUGCUGAUGAGCGCGGAUGGCGUAGUGCAAGCUCUGUGGCUCACCUACAUGGGCGAGAGAAGUCAAGGCAGCCAUCGAGACACGGAAUACCAUCUGGGCUUGGCUACAAGUAUGAUCAAGCCGGUGAUUGACCAGAUUCGGUCUGGUAUUAUACCGAAGCUUCGGAUUUUGAACAUGGAGUCUUAUGUGGUACAGAUGUCGCAGUGUCGAAUCAUGGGAGUCUCGGAAGAAUGGAUCUCGAAGGUGGCUAAGGCCAAUCCGUCGCGACAUCAGCUAUUUAUUGUCAGGAAAGUGGACUGUGGUCCAGCCAACGGACCCAGUGAUGGACAAUUACUACAAGAAGGGGACAUCAUCUUAACGCUGAAUGACCAACUUAUUACCCGGGUCAGCGAUUUCGACAUCAUGUAUGACAAGGAAUGGCUGGAUGCGCUCGUCGUCCGAAAGGGCAAGGAGAUUCGCCUUCGCGUCCCGACUGUCCCUACAGAAGACCUGGAGACUUCACGGGCUGUGAUUUUCUGCGGAGCGGUCCUGCAGAAACCACACCAUGCCGUGAGACAGCAGAUCAGCAAACUUCACUCGGAAAUCUACGUCAGUGCGAGAAGUCGAGGAUCGCCAGCCUAUCAAUACGGGUUGGCACCUACCAAUUUUGUGACCCAUGUUAAUGGGGUGAAGACCCCCGACUUGGAUGCGUUCGUCAAGGAAGUCAACAAGAUUGACGACAACACCUACUUCCGGCUGAGAGCCAUGACCUUCGACAACGUGCCGUGGGUGGUGACGAUGAAAAAGAAUGAUCACUAUUUCCCAAUGUCUGAGUAUGUCAAAGACCCUACCAAAGCCAACGGGUGGAAAGUGAUCUCUUACGGCUCGCGGGGUCGCAAAACGAAAGGUGAAGAUGGAGCUCCCAUGACCUCGGAUUCAAUGAGCGCGGAAGAUGACGGCUUAAGCGAUGGAGAAGAAGGCCCGGAUAGAAGUGAAUGUUAGAGAGAAGGGCUCUAGAAUCGUCGUAGAACGGCAGGUCGGGAAUGAAAAGGUUGGGGAUAUCAUUCUUGUCCCCACGGCAUGAAGAACAAUCCCAGCGCAAGUCUUGUAGAGAGACAGAGCAUAAUAUCGGCUGAUGCGAAAGAGUUGAGCACCGUUGAACGAGGGGGGCAUUCACUUCGACAAGCCUGAUGCGACGCAAGGCUGAAGGCUAUGUGUACAAAAUGAUGCCAAGCUCUUUGAUUAUCACAUGUCAAAAGCUGCACAAUUCUUCAACCCCCGUACUCCGUAGUUGUACUAUGUGAUCGGAUCGUCGGGCCAAAAAAAGCUGAAACCCUCGGUGGUCGGCUGGCAUCAACCAAAGGCUUCCACCCUAAAUGGCCAAGUCAGGGGUGUCUUGGGAGCGACAGGCGACAGAAGAUGAGAGGGAGCUUGUCAAGAAACUCAGGCAGAAGGAAUUCCGGGAUACCGUGUCGAGGACAGAGUGUCAAUGGGUUAUGUAUUUGGUAUGUGCAUAGUUGGGAAAUACGUAUUGUGUCUGCUG